UUCAACUGUCACAUGAUCCCCAAACCCGGAAGUGAUGGAUCCUCUGAGGCAGACGAGCAAACCCAGACGCAUUUAAGCUGUCAAACAUGCCUCUUUCUCACCACAACGCAUUUUUAACCGCGUGGGUGUUGUAUGUUUGCGCUGUGGCGUCAAGCGAAGGAGCUAACGCCACACUUUCCGUCUCGCCAGCGGUCGAGUCGCCGGUUGUCAAGCCGGCGGCGGCCCCCGUCAGCCUGCUGCUGUCCGCCUUCCCGGACGACUUGGAGGUGAGCGACUACUGCAGCGAGCUGCUGCGCCUCUUUGGCCAACGUUACGUGGCCUAUGUCAACUGCCUGGUUCCGGCUGCGCGGCCGGUUAAAGUGUGCCAGAACUGCUUCGGCGCUUACGGCAGCCUGGUGACCACCUACAUGAACAUCUCCUCAGAGCAGUCGGCUCCUGGCAAUGAGAGCUGCAGGGACAGCUUGUUGCGCAGUGACCGUCUCAUGCUGGUUUAUCUGCUCUUCGACAACCUGCAGGACCUGUGGACCAAAGCAGCCUGCGACAAUUGUAUCAACGACGGAUUCCGGAGCCUCACCGAUGACACGCUGUACUUCAUGUCCAUUCUCAACCAAACUCUCACCUGCUUUGAAAGAUACCAGCAGGGCAACCACACAGAGCUGUGCAAAAACUGUAAGAGCGCAUAUAAGGGGCUCAAUGAGCUGUACAGUGGAAUGGAGAAGAAUGGCACCAUGUGUAUUGACAUCGAGGAUGGUAUGAACAUGACCCGCAGGCUGUGGAGUAAGAACUUCAAAUGUUCCCUUCCCCGGGAGGAGACGGUGCCUGUCAUCGCCGUGUCCAGCUUCAUGCUCUUUCUGCCCAUCAUUUUCUACUUGAGCAGCUUCCUUCACUCAGAACAAAAGAAACGCAAGCUCAUACACCCCAAGAGAGCAAAGUCGUACGCCUCCAGUCUGAUGAACAUUCGGGACAAGCGGAGCUGAUGUUGGACACCACCGAGGAGUUGACUUUUUCUACAUUUUGGAGGUUUGUGUUGCAGUGACAGCAGGCUGAAUUAACCUAUCAGUUUUUAGACACGUGCAUUACUUUGUCAAACACACUGGAGUUUUCAACGUACAUAAUUUGACUUUGGUUCAGCAAUAGCCCAUAUCACUUUGUCCUGAACUUUCAUGAGACUUUUUGAAGCAGUUGUAACCAAAUAUAUUGUCAUUAAAUUAAGAUAUUUAACUUUU